UAAUACUAGAAAUAAACAGGCCGAAGAAGCUGUAAAGUGAAACGUUGAGUGUCUAAUUAAAUAAAAACAACAUUUUGGUGUUAUAAGGGCGUUUAUUUCUACUAGUACUAGAAAUCAGUGUAUGGAAGACAAUACUAUAAAUUCUAGUAUUAAAUAAGAAAUUAAAUAAGUUAUCAGUCGUUAACCGCUAAUCGUUAACUAAAAAAAAAAUAGAGAAUAACACCAACAGUGGAUUUUACAGAUUCUACAUUUGUAGAAAACUAGUAGAAUAUCAGGAAGUUCAAUUCAAAUUAUAAUUAAAUCAAGAUGAGAUAACAUGGACCACAAAAUACCAAGAAAAAGAAGCCAAAGUACAUUGGCCAAUUUGUCUCACUGUCCUGAAGUCACUGUGUCAAAAAAAAGUGAAAUAUCACAAACAAAAGAAAGAAGGAAAAAGAAGAAAAAAUCAGCAUAAAACUAGCAGUAAAUCAUCUGAAUCAGAAUCUUCUACAUCCUCAUCAUCAUCAAGUGAAAAACAAAAAAAACAUCAAAAACAUAAACAUAAGCAGAAAAAAAGGGAUUCCAGGAGAAAAAGCAAACAUCGAAAAGAAAAAAAAAAGAAACAUAAAAAAUCCAAGAAAGCUGCCAUCCAUGAUCAUGCUAAAACAAAACAGGCCCAGCAACAAAACACCCAAACAGGAGAUGAUACAGAAAUGAUUGGACCACAGUUAAGUGAAACUGGGAACUGUAGAAUGGUUCCUAUGAGUAAAGAAGAAUGGGAAAAACAACAAACUGUUGUACGAAGAGUAAAAGACCCAGAAACUGGUAGAAACAGGCUUGUGAAAGGCAGUGGAGAGGUUUUAGAGGAAAUUGUCAGCUAUGAGCGUUUCAAAGAAAUCAAUAAGAAAGCUACUUCUGGUGAUGGAGCAUUUUUCCAAAAGCAGUUGGUACUUAUGAAAUAGUGAACCUUACCAGUAGAAGUGUAAGCACAUUUAUGUGUCUGUGUGUAUAUAUAUAAAUGAAGUUGUGUAAAUAAAAAUUAUUCAACGUU